AUGGAAAAUGACAUGAACACCAAAUUUCCAACAUCCAGAGCGCGCGCGCAGUCAAUCGUACCCGACCCAGCAGAUCUGUCCAGAGAAAUCUUCUGUGAACCGUUCAAGCGGCGCCAAGAUCUUAUCGCGCAGUUGGGCGUGGCUCUAAAAACAGAGGAUAUCUCGGUGCCCCUUAUGGACUUCUCUCCAUAUCUGUGA